GCUGCAUUUGGCUGAGUUUCAUAAGCACAAUUGCGAUUUCAUUGGCUUGAUGUAGGAAUAUGCGUCACAUUGCAAAAUCAAAAAAUUUCACCUAACGGUUGAACGAACAAUUGUUUGCUAACCAAUCUAAUUUCCACAAUGGCGUUGCUACAAAGUGAAUGCCCUGAUCUAACCCUCGUAGCCCGGGGCAAAGUACGUGACUUAUAUGAAGUUGACGACAACAGCUUGCUCUUUGUUGCGACUGAUCGCAUUAGUGCGUUCGACGUAAUUAUGUCAAAUAGCAUUCCAUCGAAAGGCAAAAUCUUGACCCAAAUAUCAGUUUUUUGGUUCAACUAUUUGUCAAACAUCAUGCCAAACCAUCUCAUAACAGCUGACUUUGAAGAGAUGCCUGAGAAGGUUAAAAAGUAUCGUGACCAGCUUGACGGGCGAUGUCUCUUGGUUAAAAAGCUUCGAGUACUCCCUAUUGAGGCAAUUGUACGCGGCUACAUCACAGGCUCCGGGUGGAAGGAAUAUCAGAAGAAAGGCUCUAUUUGUGAUAUCAAACUUAAAGUAGGAUUGCAGGAAAGUGAAAAGCUCGAUGAGCCAUUGUUCACUCCUAGUACAAAGGCGGAAUUAGGUGAUCAUGAUGAAAACAUUCACCCUUCCCGCGUAGCUGGUAUUGUUGGCCCUCAUUUGGCUAAACAGAUUGAAGAGGCUGCUUUAGAAUUAUACAAACGUGCCAGCGCAUACGCAUUGGAGCGUGGAAUCAUCAUCGCCGAUACAAAAUUCGAAUUCGGUGUUGACAAAGAGAACAACUUGAUUUUGAUUGACGAAGUCUUGACUCCGGACUCUUCUAGAUUCUGGCCCGCUGCAAGCUACAAAGUCGGUCAGGGUCAGGAUAGUUUCGACAAGCAGUACUUGCGUAACUACUUGGAGAGCAUCAACUUCGACAAAAAGAACGGCAUAGAGUUACCUGCUGACGUGAUUGAAAAUACCAUGAGCAAAUACAUCGAAGCCUAUCAGCUACUGACUGGUGAAGAGCCUAGACUCUAAACAAAAGACAACUACAUUUUAUUGUCAUGUAUUAAGAAAAAAGCGUAUAAACGACAUAAACGAGAAUAAAUUAGCUAUAUAGUUUCUAAAACGCUUUCGAUUAUGUUACAAUCUGC